CGCGCGGUCCCCACAUCCCCGCUCCCUCUCUACAAAAGAAGCAGUAGCACUCCCGUGCGCGUCACUUCCACGACCGAUCGAUCCCACCUCGCGCAUCCGCAUCCGCAUCCACCCUUCAGCGCAGAUCGGAUCCCCACCCAUGGCCGGGCGCUUCGACCUCCAGGGCAGGCACGGCAAGUCCCGCGUCCGGGUCUCCCGCGUCUGGCGCCGCCCCGCCGAGGCCGGCGGCCACCUCUUCGUCGAGUGGAGCGUCGCCGUCAGCGUCGUCUCCGACUGCCUCCCCUCCUACACCUCCGACGACAACUCCGCCAUCGUCGCCACCGACUCCAUCAAGAACACCGUGUAUGUGAAGGCCAAGGAGUGCACGGAGGUGGUGUCCAUGGAGGAAUUCGCGGUCAUCCUCGGGAGGCAUUUCACCUCACUGUACUCGCAGGUCUCAGAGGCUACAGUGACAAUCGUGGAGCGCCCGUGGGAGCGUGUGGCUGUGGACGGGAAGCCCCAUUCGCAUGGGUUCAAACUUGGUUCUGAAAAGCACACCACUGAGGUCAACGUGAAGAAGUCUGGAAGCCUGCUUAUAAAUUCUGGGAUACAAGGAUACUCCCUGCUAAAGACAACUCAGUCUGGAUUUGAAGGAUUUGUGAGGGACCGCUACACUCUUCUUCCUGAAACAAGAGAAAGAAUUGUAGCAACAGAAGUAACUGCUUGGUGGAGGUAUCCGUUCGAGCAUAUUUCCCAGCUUCCGUCAAAGCCAUUUUGCUUCACACAAAGAUACCAGGAUGUAAAGAAAGUUCUCGCAGACACAUUCUUUGGUCCACCUGAUGUUGGUGUAUAUAGCCCAUCAGUGCAGAAUACAUUAUACCUCAUGGCUAGGGAAGUUCUUACCAGGUUCCCAGACAUAGCAUCUGUUCAGCUUAGGAUGCCAAACCUCCACUUUCUUCCCGUGAACCUAGGGGGCAAAGAAAAUCCAGGAUUGGUGAAGUUUGCUGAUGAUGUGUACAUGCCGACUGACGAACCACAUGGAACCAUCGAAGCAACGUUGAGCCGCGCCAACUCAAAGCUGUAAUUUCACUCCAUGCUUGUGGCCAGGCUCAUGAUUUGGUUUGGUUUCUUGAAGAUCACAGUCGCAAAUAAACAAAGUGUUAGGGGGGAAGCUAGCACAACCCCUUGCAAAAGGGAAAAAGGACGUAAACUUUGCAUAUGUAUUCAACUAAUUGACUUGUACAUGGCUAGCUAGAGUUCCCCCAUCGUAAAUUUUACUGUUGUACAAAACCUUCAGUGUUCGUUGUCUCCACAAUGCUAUAAUAUAGCCUGUUUUUUCUUUUCUUUUUGAGAAAUAGAACUUCUCGACA